UGGUCCUACAGUGCACCUGGAGGACUCCGGGAGAUUGUAGCGGAACAGGGAACAUGUUGAACGAAACAAAUUAGAGAACCACUGGGUGAUCCUGGGUGUUUCAACAUGAAUUACUUGGCUGACGAUACACUGGCUGGAGCCCUGGCGAAUCUAGUGCCUUCGAGGCCUGGGAUUGUCAUCUUCGAUCUCUGACUUCCCCUCAUUGGAACAGUCACACAUCAGUGGCUGCAUGAAACCGAACUCCACUCUGUGCUGAGUCUGGGCCUUUUGCGCAAGCUUGAUUCCCAGCUUGGGCGGUCUAAUAUGCUGUAACUAUAUCACUACCCCCUUGCAGUGCUUGACACCCCCGGAGGGUAAGGUAGUGAUAUAUUGAUUUGGCUCAAGUUGGAGGAUGAGAUUGAACCCCAAAGAUCCAUAGCGCUGCGUCUGGCUGACCAAGCACCCCAUGGUCUUGCGGCUGAGAAGGAUUAUUGGUACAAUCUGGGGCCUGUUUGUGUUAUGUCUUCCAGGAUGGGGACUUGAGAAUGAAGAAGUGGAGGUACAGGCCACUGAUCUUUUGCAGCAAAAGUAUAAGCUGCAGCCGACCUGUGGCUUUGAGCCUGGGAUUCAUUUGGUGAAGCUCACCAAGCUAAAACGCCAGUUUGUCUUCAUGGUGCCUCGCAAGGCUGCAAGCAACUCGGGGACUCCAGCCUUCAUGUUCUUUCACGGAGUCUAUCAAACGCCGUGGUUUUCGGUCAAUAUCUUGGGAUUGCCCGAUCUGCUCGAGCAUUAUGGAUGGUUUGCGAUCUUGCCCUGGGGAAAGUACAGGUCCGAGGAUUUCAGCAUGGGAGGCUUGCGUCAAUGCUGCUCUCCCCUUUGCGAUUCAGAUGAGUGCUGCCUCGCUUCCAAAGAGAUUGCUAUGAAGGAUCAUGCAUGCGGCUUUUGGCCAAAAGAUUUGCAACAGAACCUGGCAAUGGUGGACGCGAUUUUUGAGUGGAUGGCAUCCAACACCUGCAUUGACACUUCAAAGGUCUUCGCUGGUGGCUUUAGCUAUGGCGGCUACUUCACGCAAGACUUGGCGUGUUUGAGGAGCAGCAAGUUUCAGGGCUUUGCUCCUAAUGCUGCACCUGGCUUUCCGGUUCCGUUUCGAGAGAAUCCGGUGCCCAUCGCUGAGUGCAAAGAUCAAGGGCCUGAAACAUUCAUCAGUUUUUGUGGCUCUUUUGAUACCGCCUUUUGCUUCGAAAACAGUGAAGCUCGAGCUGCCGUGGCUGCAAACCAUAGCCGUUGCACUGGCAAGGAGCUGCAGCGGAGAUCUGCCACGGUGAAUUGCACUGUUUGGACUGGCUGCCACGAUGAACAUGUCGUGGAGAGCUGCAUGGUCUACCACUUGGACCAUGAAAUUUCAGGACAUGUCGCACCGGAUGACACCACUUUCCUGCAUCCGGCGUCGGAUCUGGACUACACGACCUACAUCUUCGAAAAGUUCUCCCUGCGAGUGGAGCCACACCAAAUCAGGUUCUAUGGUGUCCCUUCAAGAGAUGAUGAACUCUGGAAGCAAUCGACUUGGCCUUUGCAGAAGCAGUUUGACUUUAUGCAUUUGCGCAAAGCCUUGGCGGCCAAAGGCAUGGAGACAUUGCCCGAUGGCAAAGUGACUGUCAUGUCAACCUUUGAGGUUGAGUGAGAUGUUCGGCUAUGACAGCAAGGACUUUCUGUGCUUGGGGAAUCCAAACGUCAAGGAAGACUUAAUAGGAUUGUUUUAUUUCUCUCCGUGAGUAGAGCACGGCAUAGCAUGCAGCAUGGGUGAUGACAGGGGGUGGGAGAUGCCAAGAAUCCGCUCUCCAGACCUCUGCAAUGAAUUGCGCGAGAUGUGGUA